AUGAAUUUUAAAUUUGCCGCUAUCUUUGCUGUCAUUCUUUCUAUUCUUGGCAGUGUUGUUACACAAGCUCCUGCACUUUCCUCUCUUAGUAGCAAGCUUGCAUCCAUUUCAGCUUCCAUGUCUGAUGGUCCCGCCAAGUCUACUCUGAUGAACUCUGCUAGUUCUGCUUAUAGUCGUAUUUCUGCUGAACUUGCUGCCACUUCUACUGGUCAAAUCAGUAGCAUUACCAGUGCUCAAAGCUCUGCCAGCAGUGCCAUGCAGUCUAAUUCUAAUGUUUUGAGCUCCUUGAGAUCAGCUUCCUCUAUUGCUCAAACAAGUACCGCAGCUGCUAAUCAUAAUGCUGCAAACACAUUGAUGCCAAUUGAUAAAUCUAUGAUCUAUUUAUUUUCUGCCUUGGUUAUUAUUUGUGCUACUAGUUUUGUUACAAUGCUUGUUUAA